AGUUGGCGUAAACAUCCGAUAAACAUCAAUGAAACAUCCUCCCCCACUAACGAAACUACUUUAGACAUUCUGUCGGAAGAUUCCAUGAGAAUUUCCGUUUACCCCAUAAACAAUCUCACUGGGUUUCUUCUCUCUGUCUCUCUUGUUUGUGGUGUCCAAAAAGUGGAGGUUUUUGUGUGGAAAAAGUGCAUUUAAUCCGUUAAAAACAACAAAAAUCCCCAGCUGUAGUGCUACAGGUGACGUCAACGUGAAAAUUUAGACCCUCUCGCCACAAGAAAUCUUCAGAUACAAUCAAAGAGAAGUUUUGUUUGAAAGAAAAAAAAAUGAGUCAAUCUACUGCCAAAGCCACCGGGAGACGUACACCGCAGACUAAAGGCAAGCAGGGUCCCGCAGCAGCAGCAGCAGCAGCAGCUCCUGUUGAUGGAUCAAUGGUUGUUUCCAUCAACAUGAUGGAUCGUGGCACUGUUGAGGAGUACCUGGAAGCUCCGAAAGUAGUUGUUGCCUCACCGAAAGACACCAAAAGCACCACCACGAAGAAUUCCGGGGACAAAACAAAUGGGGGAAUAACCAAGGAGGAACAGAAGGCAUCAUCAACGGAAUCCCAUCAAAACGGAUCUUCAACGUCUGAGAAGAAGGGUGAAAAUGGUGUUGGUGGUGAAAAGGCCGCGGCUCCAGAGGUGACCAAUGGUGAGGGAAAAAUCCGUGAGAGUCCUCGUCAGAAGGCACAGAAGGAGAAUGAGAAGAAAGCUGCGCAAAUGGAACAGAAUGAAACAAAGAAGCUUGAAGCUGAGAAGAAGAUUAUUGAUCAGAAGUCUGAGCAGCAACAGAAAUCACCGGAGCAGAAAGCAGAGAAGAAAUCCGAUAAAGUUGAAUUGAAUGCAUCAACCGUGUCGACGGCAUCUCUGGCCAAGGAGAAGGAGCUCAAGGGUUUCCACGAGGAUGGCAGUGAGGCAGUUUCGAUUGUUUUGAAGAAAGAUGAUGUUGGGGGGAGUGGUGCUGCCACAUUUGAUUCUCCACGCCCCAAUAAGACACCCGGUAAGGGGCUAAAAACCGGUACAACACCCAAUCGUGCUCGAAUUAGUCCCUUCCGGAAGUCUGAACGUCUCCAGAAUGUGAGUACUGCCGUCAAUUUGAGCACAGUGAGUGAGCAAAGCAAUGAAGUGGCUCAAUCACCCAAUGUGGAUCAAUCUUUUGGCUCACUACGUCACAUUUCGGGACGUCGUAGCUUCACAAAUCGCCCCGUGCGCGAAUACACCUUCCAGAACUUUCAGAGGGAAUCGUACCGGAAGCUCCCUGAUGGCUAUGAUGAUUCCAUUUCGAGUGUUAACGCCACCGUGGGGUCUGAUCUGCACAACGACAGCUUCCGUACGCCCAUUGUGGCAUCUGUGAAGGGGCGCAAACGGGAACUCACGCCACAGGAUAGUGACGAUGACAUUCGUAUUGUGGACAAGACACCGGGAAAGUCAAAGCGUCCACGACUGGAUUUGAGUGCUUUUCUGGGAUUCAUGGCCAGCCCUGUGACAUUGUUGCGCAAUAAAUUUCAGAAGGCAAACAUCCAGAGCAGUACGCCAAAUCAAUCAUUUUCAGUGGAAGAAUUGGACAAGGAAGCGACAAAUGGGGAGAAGGAGAAGGAGAUGGAUGUGAGUGAUCCCAAAGACAAGAGUAUGGAGGAGGAUGAGCUGAAGAAGAGUAUUGAUAUGGGACAAGAUGUGCUCCUCACUGAUGACAUGGAAUUGCUAAAGGAAAAGCAUGAGGAUGCUGAAAUGAAGACAACAUCCCUCCAAGUUCGUCGAGUUUGCAACGUAAUGUAAGUUCAUCAUUAAGCCAGGAUUUUUCUACACAACAUAACAUAAUAUGAAACAAAUCUCCCCCACCCUGAGAAAAAUGUAUUUUUUUUUUACAACUUAAGAGACAAUUUAGAUGCGUUUUUUUCUCUUUUCUUACGUCGUUCUCUAAGAUCACAUGAUGGUCAGAAUAUUUUUUGUUUAGCAUUAUUAUUUAGAUAGAGAAGAAAAUCCAUUAUUAAGUAGUAUAAGAAGAUUUUGAUGAUUGAUUUAUCACAGAGAGGAAUUUCUCUCAAAUUUUUAUCUUAUCCAACAAUAAAGACAUUUUUUUCUCACAAAA